GCGGGCUGCAGCUGGACUUUUCUGUCUCGCUCAAACUCUCGCUGAUCCUCAUGCCUGGGAUUGGACCGUCACUGGGGUACUUCCGCUGAAAUCUGCAGGUUUUUACAGUCUGUGGGUAAACCACUUCCUUUCUGAUACCGAGGCUAUGAUUUUUAUCAAGCAGUAAUGUUUCAGCAACAGUUUGGAUUUCAGCGCAUCAGUAAUAGUAAAGCUGAGCAUUGCUGUGUGCCUUUUUGUAAAGCCUCUAGUAAGUACAGCAAAGUACUUAGUUUUCAUACAUUUCCCUCUGAUACGGAAACCAGGCUAAAAUGGUUUGCUGCUAUCCGGAGGGAUUGUAGCCGGCAUUUUAAAAAGGAGGACUUUCGUGUGCCGGUCUUUAACACAGGGAGGCGCAUGUUAAAGAGGGGAGCUGUUCCAGAGUUGUUUGAGUGGAACAAUUACACCCAUCCAGGUACAGAACCGAUGGUAUGGGAGAGGAAACGAUCCCAUCCACCUCUCCUGGACCACGACUAUGCUUCGGCUCCGGACCCCGCAGUUGUCGACUUAGCUCUCGAUGAAAACAUGUCUCUCAGAGAGGAGAUCCUCCAGCUGAGGAAACAAAUAGAGGAGCAGACUUUAAAUCAGCGGUUUGGUCUCCAUCGUUUUGCUGGCUCAGACAAGGACAUACGGUUUUUCACAAGGUUUGCAUCCUAUGACCUACUCAUGCGAUUCUGGGCUUUAAUAGAGCCCUUGCUGCCCUCUAUGGUCAGUGUGACACAAGCACAGAGUGGCACCUUCACAGAGCCAAGUUCCCCUGCUACUCCUCCCCUGCAGCCCAUAGAUGAGAUGUUCAUGUUUCUCAACUAUCUUGCGCUGGGCUUAAAAUGGCAUGACCUUGCUGACCGGUACGGAGUCCGCCAGUCCACAGUCGUUCGGACUAUUACAACAUGGAGCGACUUUCUGUACACUGUGCUCGGGUCAGUGAGGAUCUGGAUACCAGAGGAGAGAAUAAAGGAACAUUUGCCAGAAGAGUUCAAGGAUUAUGGAGACACUAGAGUCAUCCUGGACUUCAUGGAGCUGAGGUGCCAACCAUCAUCACCUCUUGUCCAAAGUGAAGCGUUCUCUGCAUGCAAGUCCCACUACACUCUCAAAGGGCUGCUCGGAGUUGCUCCUCAUGGGGCGGUGACAUUUAUUUCUCCACUGUACGCCGGAUCCAUCAGUGACAAACAGAUCAUGCGAGUGUGUGGAAUUCUUUCUCUUUUAAGACCCAGCAUGGCUGUCAUGGUCGAUCGAGGUUUUCUCGUUAAUGAUGGUGUGCCUUGUAAGAUCUAUAGGCAGCCAUUUCUCUCUGGAAGAUUCCGGAUGUCUGCUUAUGAGGUCAGGGCGACCCAAGCAAAUGCACGCCUCUCGGUGCAUGUGGAGCGCCUCAUACGCCGCGUGAAGGAACACAAGUUCUUUGACACAGAGAUUCCACCUCAGCUUAUUGGCAGCAUUAAUCAGCUGUAUGCUGUUGCUUGUCUCCUGACAAACUAUGAAAACAGGCCUCUUGUAAAGGCAUGAGCAAAGAAACCAGAGUAGCACAUUAAUGUGUAGGUGGCAUUUUAUAUAUACUUCAUAUACUGUUGGCUGUUUAAGGUAUAGCAAUGAAUCAUAUUCUUCUGCGGGAAACAAAUCCAUAAAAAGCAUGAGCUUUGUGACAAAGAGGGUUUUUAAAUAGUUUACAUGGUAAACAAGAUGGAUAAUGGAGAUGUAUGUUUUUCACUGGACAGGAAGAGUAUGAAAAAAUAAAUAUUUGCUUCUGAGAAGUAGUGGAGUACAAGUAUUAAGUUGCAUAAUAUGGGCUUUUUUGAAGUUAGAGGUGUUAUUCUCCUACCAGUUUUAUCCUGAAAAAAAGCCUAGCAAAUGAUGUAUAUUGUCAAGGAUAAAGUGUAAUUAUUGUAAAUUAUCUGCAUCUGCAGUAUAUUCAUAAAAUGUGUUUUUUUGAUAAUGUUACAUUGUGAAUAUUGGCUUAUUGAAAUAUAUUCACUAUGUUCAAUUUUUUAGGUCACCUGUCAGUUCUGCUCACCUACAAUUACAGUACUUUUACGUAAGACCCCAAUACACUCAAUUAUCAUUUAUCUUAA